AUGCAAACCAAGCAAAUCAUUGUAAUCGGCCUUGUGCUCUUACUUUCCAUUUUGGCAGUUCAAGCAACUGAUUCCUAUCAACCAAAACCUGAUACUUACAAACCUCCUUGUGAGAAGAAAUGUGUUUCUUACAAGACAGUUAAAGGUAAAUGUUUGAAACACAAACUCGAAGGUCAAAAGAAGGUUUGCGAUAAGUAUGCUGUUGUUGGUGCUGGAAAAUGUCUCAAAUACAAGAAUUAUUCUAAAUGCGACAAGUAUAGUAAGCCAACCAAGAGAUGUGUCAAAUACGAAACUAAAAAGACAACCUGUGCCAAGCAUAAGACAUGGAAAACUUGUGAUUCCUAUGGAAAUAAGAAGGUCUGUGCCAAGAAGGGAAGUAAGAAGUAUUGUUCCAAAUACACAAACGAAACUAAAUGUGUAAAACAUGCCACAAAGAAAGUUUGUGAAAAAUACGAAAAGGUUCCAAUCAAGAAGUGUGAAACUCACAAGGUUUGUGACAAGUACACUACUGAUUCAUAUGCUCCUCCAAAAUGCAGCAGUGUCAAGAAAUGUCGUGUUGUGUCAUAUGCCAAGAAAUGUUGCAAAUUCAAGAAUGUCAAAUAUUGUAAGGAAAAGAAGAAUUUCAAGAAAUGUUGUGAACACAAGACAAAACAUUUCUGUGCCCAAUACAAGAACGUCCAAUUCUGUAAGAAACACAAGACUCAUUCCAAAUGUGUCAAGUACAACACCAAGAAGGUUUGUUGUAAACAUGAAACUGUUCCUUCCAAAUGUAUCCACAAGAAGAAUUACAAGAAAUGCAUUAAAAAGUCAAAGGGAAAGAAGGUCUGUAAGAAGCACAAGUUAGUUGGUGGAAAGAAGGUUUGUUGUGAAUAUGAAAAUAAGAAGGUCUGUGCCAAAUACGAAUGUAAGAAGGUUGAUUCUUAUUUUUAA